AUGACCAUCAUCUUUGAUAUCAUAGAGCUGAACUGUUGUGCUCUCGGGGAGGGUAAUGGCACUAGUAAGGGCAAUGGCACUGAUGAGGGCAACGGCACUAGUAAGGGCAACGGCACUGACAAGUGCAACGGCACUGGUAAGGGUAAUGGCACUAGUAAGGGCAACGGCACUGGCGAGGGCAACGGCACUGGUAAGGGUAAUGGCACUAGGAAGUGCAACGGCACUGACGAGGGCAACGGCACUGACGAGGGCAACGGCACUGACAAGUGCAACGGCACUGGUAAGGGUAAUGGCACUAGGAAGUGCAACGGCACUGGCGAGGGCAACGGCACUGGUAAGGGUAAUGGCACUAGUAAGGGCAAUGGCACUGACGAGGGCAACAGCACUGACAAGUGCAACGGCACUAGUAAGUGCAAUGACACUGACGAGGGCAAUGGCACUAGUAAGGGUAGUGGCACUGGUAAGGGUAAUACCGCUACAGUGAUGGGCCAUGACCGACAGCGCGGUAGCUAUGGAACUCAAAGCGCGACUCUCCAUUGA